GGUGAGGACAUGGACGCAGAAUUGGAAGUUUCUGUAAGUUUACGCGUAGAAUAUGCAUUUCAGAUACCGAUAAUAUGUACAUUGUAUAUACUUCUCAAACAUGGGGAAUUAAGUUCUUGUAUUCACUUCUGGAUCUAUACCAUGGUAAUAAUCUUUGUUGACUAAUUUGGCAGUUUCAUUAACCAUACAGAACUGCUAGUUACACGAAAGCAGGUUACUAGCUAAAGGAUAAUUAUAUUAAAAGAAAAAUAAGUCUCUAGAUCAUUAUUUGGAAAAAGUAACGAGUCACUGUUUAUCCAUUUGAGAGAUGUUUGAAGAUGAGUUCGUUUGACUAGGAUUCUUGAAAUAUUUAGAGCUGCUGAACUAUUAUUUGGGGCGACAUUACGGGUAGUAAUUAGGAUGUGUUAAACGUUUUCUUUCUCGAAUCUUCAGACAUUUUACUGUUAUUGUCUUCACAUUUGCUGUAUGAUCUAAACUUAAUAGCAGUCAAACAAUAAAUCUAUGAAUUCCCUCAGUAUCCAACUUCAUCGAUUACGUUCAGAAAAUAUGCGAUUAGAUACAUUGUGUAAAAAUUUAUCACAAAAAUCAGAAGAAAACGCUAAGCUGUUAAGUGCUCGGGAUAAAGAAAUAUCUACAUUAUCUACUUUGUAUAGUGAAACUGAUAAAUUGUAUGAAAAAGAAAGGCAACGUUGUCGAGAUUUAAGAACGGAAAUAUCAAGUUUAAAACAAUUUCUUCGUGAAGCUGAAGCUAUGAAGGCUGAAGCUAUCCAACUUCGAAAAGAAACUGAAGACAUGCAAAAUGUGAAGAAAUUAAUAUCCUCAUCAGAAGACGCUGCACGUGAGUUAUUUUCUCGGUACACAUCGAAAUAUGAGGAUUCAUCGAAUGGUUCGUUAAAUAAAAGUCAAAAUAAUUCAGAAUUAUUAUCACUUUGUAAAUGGGCGUCUGUUUUACGAUCAGAAUUGACAGCUACGCGUGAAAAACUUAGAAGUUAUCGAACAGAAUUAUCUCGUGUCCGAAAACUUCAAAUUUCUGCUUCACAAAAAAUAGCACGUGCUGAAAAUAAUGCCAAUGAAUACAAACAACGUGUUCAUACUUUAGAAAAUGAAUUAUCGAAAUUAAUUGGACAAAUCCACUCGACUACUAUUGACAAGAACGAGCAACAAGUUGUAUCAUCGAAUAGUCCUCAUAAUCAGACAACAUGUAAAACGCCUACUGCAUCAAUUUCCUGUCGUCCUUCUACUUCAUCUGUGUCUCCUGGAUGUUCAUUAGCUCUGAAUGAUAGUUCGUUAGUUACACCACCGGUAAAACCAACAACUAAAGAAUUAACAACACCUGAUUUUCUGUUACUGAGUCCAUGGGAACAAUCAGCUACUGUCACUCCAAAGACGGAUUUUGUAACUCCUGCCAAUCCAUUUCGUGUUGCUCAGAAGCAGCCAGCUAGUCCUCCGAAGCUAAGUAUUUCUACUUCACAAACUUAUAGUCGUACUUUAUUAUUUUCACCUGAAAUAAAUGCUGUUGAUAAAAAUUCAAGUAAGAGCAGCCCAGCCAAUCAAAGACGACCAUCUAGCUUUUAUCAAAUGUCAAUUAUGCGUCAACAUUCAAAAAUUGCUGACAGGUAUACUGUGCCGAAUUAUAAUAAUAAUAAUAAAUCUGUCAAUAGCAAACUUCAAUUCCCUAAACCACUUGAAAAAACUGAUGUGAAAUUAACCAAGUCUAUUGAAAAUAAAGUAGACAGUAGUAUUGGUGCUGGGGCGAAACGUGUAGUACACAGUGUAAAAAAAUCUGUUUCAUAUAUUUCUAAAACUUCUAAAUUGGAUAAUUUUGUAAUGAAG